CACACAGACAACAGAAAUAAUUUACAUUGUUGACUUUUACAGAGGCAAGUGUCUUAUGAUUCAUCUAUUAAGUCUUGUCUUGUCUGUCCUGCUUUUCACCAGAUGUGAAACUAAUCACAGCUAGAAACUGAAACAAUGCAUGUCGUAAUGUGGAACAGUAUAUACCUUUUCCCUUUUUUCGGCCUCCCUCCCCCAUCUCAUUCCUAUCUGUUUGUCUCUCUUCCUCUCUCUCCUGGAUCAUCCUCCUUGCACUCUUUCACACACAACAGAGGACAUGACAACAAUGUAAAGUAUCUCAAGGCCAACCUGGGGUACAAGAAGAUAAAAACCCAGUUUCCCAGGCCCUGGAAAACAAUACCUAGCGCAGCAUCACUGUCUGGUCACUCCUAUCUCCUCCUCGAACCAGACGCACAGAACCAACCAACCAACCACAGCCUUUAGACCACUGAUAUCCUGACUCCGAAAGCAGUUGAUCUCUAGAUCGACCGUUCGGCUCAAGCACCAUGUCCUUUGCACUCCUUGUCAUGAUGAUGCUUCUGGGCUCUUCAAUGGUGAUUGCAUUUGUCUUGCAGCCAUCCAAGGAGGAACCUGCAGCCUCUCCGGUUUACCAUCACAGGUGUCAGGGCAGGUCAUUGCAGUCCAUCAGGAAAGGUCUUCUCGGGGCUCUCAACCUGCAGACUGAGCCCCAGCUGCCUGCUGGUGGGCUGGACGGAGUCAGAGAGCAAUGGAGGCACACUUUCAGCACCCUUGCUCAUAGAGCCAAGGACACUGCAGUUCCAGCAGUGUCUGUGUCACCUGAUGCUGGAAACGGAACAAACCUGAAGUGCUGCUCCAUGGCCUCUGAGAUCUUUAUGAAAGAUCUAGGAUGGGACAGCUGGGUGAUCCACCCUGCCAGCCUUACCAUUGUUCAGUGUGCACUCUGCAACCCCGAACUGAACACUGUGCAGUGUCCAUCAUCCCACACCAACAUCCAAGAUGCUGACUCACAGGUGUCCUGUUGCCAGCCCACCUCCCAGGAAAUGGUGCCUGUUCUCUAUGUGGAUGAAUUCGCUACCCUUGUCAUGUCCUCCGUGCAGCUUAUCCGCAGCUGCGGCUGUGGGCCUGACACCUUCCAGCAGCCCGGCACAGAGUAAAGUUUGUUUUACGGUCCUGAGUAUGUGAGCCACCUGGCACAUGCACACAAACGCAUAAAACACAGAAAAGCUGGAUAAAACUUUAUAUGCAGGCCUAUCUUCUCUCACAAUACUUAUCUUCGAUCCUCACAGUGUGUAUUCAACACUGAGCAUGGGAACCAAAGCAAAGUCUCUCCAAAAACUAAAAUUUGUUUGUCCUUUCUAACCAAAAUGUGCCAGCACAGAUCUACUGAGGACGCCAAACACAAAACUGAUCAUGAGUUCUAGAUAAAUCCCCUCAUCCGUUUUACCACUGAAGUAAUAACUGACCUGAAAUUAGAAUCUACAUUUGCAUACUAUUGUGUGUAAAUAGCAGCAACCAAAAUUAAACUUGGAUAGAUAAUACUGGAACAUAACAAAUCAAUUUUAAUCCAAGUAUUGGUGUUGCACCAAGGGCUGGAAGUAAAGUGCAGCUGACACUCUAAUAAAGGGGGUCAGUUGAUCUUUAAAUAAGUCUCAUGAGUACGUAGCUCUAUUUAAAGCUACUAACUGUUACUUAGUGUUCCCUCCAAAAAAUGUGAGACAGGGCAGAGCCAAAUCCUCACACAGGCCAGUUGUCUCCUCACUGAUCUGUGAAAUGACUGUUUUCUGUUUUGGGCAAGAAGAAAACAUGGUCAAAUGAAAAAAAUGAAAAACAAUUGUUUUGUUUAAUAUACUUAAAAAUUAAAUCUAAUAAUUAGAAAUGAAGUAUAUGAUUGCCGUGUUGAGGGUCAAAAGUUUUUGGCCGGACGAGCAGUAGAAGAAGAUUGUGUUCACCAGCUCAGCUCCCUGCACCUGAAACUUAGUAUCAAGUGUUAACAUCAAUCUGUGCUGUACUCUUCCAAGAAUGUCCAUUGGCCGUGCUCCAUUUUCAUGUUUCAACAGGUAGAAAAGAUAACAAUGUUGCCCUGAAACGCACCAAAGUUGUAACUUUAAUGAACAAAUCUGGAUUGUAUCUAAAUUACAAUGAGGUGUAAAUCUAAAAAAUUCAUAGUACUUUCUCAAGAAAAUGUUUGUGCUCUGAUGCGAUGUGUUACUUUGGCCACUAAUUUAAUUGAAUUAAAGCUCAAAGCCUGGCAUAUAAUAUAAUCCUAAUUAAAUCAUGUCUAAAUUGUGAUUUUAAACAAAAAAUGGCCAGUUGAUUGUUUCAUUUUAAUAUUAAUAUCAUUACUUUUUAUAUUAGGUUAAGAGCAUUUCGUUGUCUGUUCUUUUUUUUAAUAACCUUCAGGUUUUUGUUUGAUUUACAUAAUGUGUGCUUUUAUCUACAUUUAUUUACAUUUUUUAAUAGCCGAGUCCUUAAUUAUAUCCUCAUAUCAUGAGCACUUCUCAUGAUUAGUAAAAGUUCUCAGUGUGUCAUUUUGUUGUAUGCUUCCACUGACUUUACAAAGUUACCUCACCAUUCACUUUUUCAAGCAAUUAUUUCGUAAAAGUAUACUUAUUAUUGACUUAUUACCUCAAGUCAAUAAACACAUUCAGCUCUGUCGAAACAUGUUUUGUCUUGCUGAUAAUACAGCUGUGAUGUCUAAA